UGCGCCUCGCUCAGCCCUGGUCAGCGCCUGCUCCGCUCUCUGUCCGGCUGUCUGCAUCCGUCCACGGCCAUGCUUUCCUGAGCCGGUCUGGACCCGAACAGAACUCCAUUUUCCUUCCUUUUUUUAAAAAAAUGGCAAUCCGAAUGCAUCCACAGUUGUGAUUUUAUAUCCUAAAUAUUAAGGAAAUAUUCAACCCACUUCUACAACCAGCACCCAAGAGCAAUGAAUUUAGAGCGCAAAGACAGAGGGGAGCGGCCCUCACCUCGAGGCCCGGACGUGGAAACCCGUGCUGGAGGGAAAAUGGGAAAGACGAGCGUCGGCUUCCAGAGGAGCUCCACCUCCGACGACGACUCCGGAUGUGCGUUGGAGGAGUACGCCUGGGUGCCCCCGGGGCUCAGGCCCGAGCAGGUCCAGAUGUAUUUCUCCUGCCUGCCUGACGACAAGGUGCCGUACAUCAACAGCCCAGGAGAGAAGCACAGGAUCCGUCAGCUCCUCUACCAGCUGCCACCACAUGACAGCGAGGUGAGCUAUUGUCACUCUCUGACAGAAGAGGAAAAGAAGGAGCUCCUUAUGUUCAGCUCCCAGAGGAAGAGGGAGGCACUGGGGCGAGGAGCGCCGAAGAUCCUUCCCAGAGCUUUGCAGCACGCUCGCUGUGAAAACUGUUGCAGCGGCAUUAAUGGAGGUGAGAUGGCAGUUUUUGCGUCCAGAGCCGGGCCAACCCCCUGCUGGCACCCAGCAUGCUUUGUAUGCUCUACGUGUCAAGAACUACUGGUGGAUUUGAUCUAUUUCUUCAACAAUGGCAAGAUUUUCUGUGGAAGGCAUCACGCCGAGCUCCUCAAACCACGAUGUUCUUCUUGUGACGAAAUCAUCUUUGCUGACGAGUGUACUGAAGCCGAGGGCCGACAUUGGCACAUGAAGCACUUUGCUUGCUUUGAGUGCGGGACGAUGUUGGGUGGGCAGCGGUACAUUAUGAAGGAUGGAAGACCUUUCUGCUGUGGCUGCUUCGAGUCCCUGUAUGCUGAAUACUGUGAGGCCUGUGGCGAAAAUAUUGGGGUCGAUCAUGCUCAGAUGACCUACGAAGGUGUGCACUGGCACGCCACCGACCAGUGCUUCUGCUGUGCCCAGUGUAAGAUGUCACUGCUAGGUUGUCCCUUCUUGCCCAAGCAAGGUCGUAUAUACUGUUCCAAGGCGUGCAGUCAGGGGGAAGACAUUCACGCCUCAGACUCCUCGGACUCUGCGUUCCAGUCGGCCCGAUCUCGUGAAUCACGCCGCAGUGUCCGCAUCGGGAAGAACAGCAAACCUGCAGAACAGUGGAGACAGUCGCAGUUGUUCAAUCUCUACAAGUAUGGGGACGGCGAGGGGGAUGGAGAUGCUGAUGGCAAUAUUGAUAUUGUGGGGCAGAAACUUGCCCGCCUCGACCUGGAGGAAGAGAGGUUUUGGAGGGAAAGGGAGGAACAGGAUCCUAGUGGUGAGGAGGAACCAGAGGAAUGGGCCCAGCAUGAGGACUUCAUGACUCAGCUCUUACUCAAGUUUGGAGACAGCGGAAUGCUACACCAACUUCAGCAGCCAUCUGCUAAAUCACCCAGUUCCACCAACGAUAGAAACAGGCUAUUAAGUGUAUCUGAUCCAUGGCUGAAAGCUGAGUCUGUACUGCUGGGGAUCAACAGCUCCUCUCCCACCCCUGCCAGCCCCACCCAGAGCCAGAUCUCUAGCCAAUCCCUGUCAAACAGUCUCAGUCCUGGAUUAAUGGACAAGAAGCACCUACCUGAAAUGUAUUGGGCCCAGUCACAGGAUGGACUGGGAGACUCGGCUUAUGGGAGUCACCCAGGUCCUGCAAGUGCCAGAAAGAUCCAAGAACUGGAGCUGGAUCAAGAUCAGGAACAGUCAGGUGCAGGAAGACAGGCUUUCUGGCCAGAAACAAGGGAGUGGUAUGAAGACUCCCUUGAAUGUAUCGCUGACGAGCUGAGGAAAGUUGAGAAGGGCGUUGGAGAUUCCAUGGAUUCUCUGGCACUUUCAAAUAUUACAGGCACGUCUGUGGAUGUAGAUACCAGGGACAGACCUGCACUCUACUCUCUUCAUGCCAUGCAGGAUUCCUCUUUGCUGGAGGGCUGCGACAAGAUGAGCAACAUGGGGACCUUUAACUCCUCCCAUCUUCACCACAGCGCCAACUCGCUUACCAUUAGCAUAGAAAAGGGAGUGGAAGAGGCAGAGCAGGGAGUGGUGCUCGGAAUGAGGGGAGGCAUACCAGUGGGACUUCACUCUCCACAACCCGAGUGCCUCUCUCCAUCGUUUGCACAACCUCCAGCCCUAAGGAGGAGCAAGUCGCAGUCCAGGCCACCUCAGAUGGUCAAAUUCUCAGAAGACACUGUGGACAAUGGAUACAAUGAUGGCUACGAGGCUAGCAUGGCAAAACAUCCCAUGAGCGAGAAACCCCAAAGGAGGCUAUUCUGCCCAGAGGAGAUGGGCAGAGAGAGAAGCCACUCCACGAGUCACCACAGGCGCAGCAGGCAGCACCAUCACCGACAGAGCCGGCACCACAGGAGCCGCAAAUCCCGCUCGGACAACGCCCUUCACAUGAUGCCCGUGGAACGAGCUCACAGACCAUUUGAACAGCAGAUUGUCAGAGACCCUCAAUGUGGCGCCGUACGCCUCCAGCAACCCCCACACAUGCUGCCCCUUGCCUACUCUCAGACCCGAUCCGACUACAUGCUCCGCUGCUCGGCACAGAACGACCCGCGGCUUGCACAUUUUGCGGAAUUUCAGAGAGACGAGGACGACUGGUGCUCCACUUGCUCCUCGUCAUCCUCGGACUCUGAAGAAGAGGGCUAUUUCUUGGGCCAACCGAUUCCUCAGCCAAGACCUGCCGGGAAAUACUAUGCAGAGGACUACCCCACUCGGGUAACCGCCCUGAGCCCAGGCUCUCAGACCAGUCGUCGGAAGAACCGCCGCUCCAAAAACUGCAUAAUUUCUUAACAUAUGAACGUCAGAACAGCCAUUUCUGUCAGGUUGUUUCCCCAACUACGAUGGUUCAGUUCACAGGUUUUAGAAAUUCAAACGUCAUGGAAGAUAACAGCAAGGAAUUCACCUUGCUGCCUUUUUUUGCUAAAACUCUGAAGUUGGACGCUCUCAUUUAGACCCAACAGACUAAACAAAGUCUACAGUGGACAUGGAAACUCUUCCCCCGCCUUUUUUGUCAUUCCCAUCGUGCUUUUCAAAUCGUCCCAUUUCUUCAUUUGAGCAUUAAAAAAAGCAACACUAUUGUACAAAAGUGCAUCAUUCAAGUAGAAAAUAAGAACUAACCCUUUUUUUAUGCACAAUAGCACAAAAUCAAAAUGUAUAUAUUAAGUUAAGAUUUUAUUAAUGGUAUUUUUCUAUACACGGUUUGAAGAACUGUUUAAUUUUGAAAUGUAUAAUUAAAAACAUAGCAUUUGUGCAUAAAAAAUAAUUCAUGGCUAUUUAAUAAGACGGAUGUCUCCAAACACGGUGUUGGUGUAGAAAUCAUAAACCAGCAGGCAGCAAUAUUUCCAGCUGUUUGAUAAUGAAAGUCGCAGAAACACAAAUAAAUGUUUUGUGAUUUAAGGAUGCUUGUAAAAAAACAUUUUGCUUCCCUCAAAUAAAAGGAAAACAAAAAGCGGUGAUGAAUUGUUUGG